AUGACAGAUCUAAGCACUUCAAGCCAGAUUAGUCUGAUUGGGGACCGUGCCAAGGCUGUCUUAAUCCGGUAUUUGGAUGAUUUUGGGGGGGAAGGUAACAGUGAUCACAACAUUGUUGAGAUCACUAAACCAUUAUCCAAGAUGAAAAACCAAAGAAAAAUGAAAGGCUAUUAUCGGAGAUUUUUAAUCAAGUAUGAGCCAAGAAAUGAUAUGGAGCGAAAUGUCUAUAAUGUGUACAAACAUAUGGGUGAAACUAAGGCUGCCAACUGUACCGCCCAAUCACUUGAUUUCAAAUUGGAUUUGAGGAUUACAGUUAACAUUGAGCAAGAACAGCAUGAGGUUGCAACUGCAGAACUAGCCAAAUCAAAAUCAACUACAGAAUCGAAGCUGUAUAAUGAUAAGGUCAAGCUGGCUCUCACAAGACUCAGGCUUAUCUUCGGCACCAAAUGCCACCUCAACAGUCUGUUAAGAUCAAUGCCUUAUAUACCAAAAUCAAGAAUCAAAGAUGUCAAGGUGCCAAACAUUCAAAUCAUGGGAUUAACGUGUCAUGUAAAAGCCCUUUCCCUGAUCGAUAAAGGGGUAUAUAUGUCGCAGGAUGUCUAUUCAUUUGAUUAUCCGCGAGCCCACGCCCAGAUUCAAGAAAAUGGUAUUCAGAAGAUCAUCGAAGCAUUAAAAUUGUUGACCAAAAACAAUCCAAGCAAAAUGGACAGUCUACUUAAAGGAAGAAAACAGAACCAUUUGGAUAUCGAAUCUGGUAAUGGUGAUGGUAAUAAUAAUGUUAAAAAUCGGAUUUCAGAAGUAGUUUGUGAUGAUAAUGUGGGUCACGACCAUUAG